AUGUUUGUCAAUGCCUACAAUCAUAAUUGUUCGGAAGUCCUAUACUGCGUAAAGCAGCUCCAAUUUGAGCAGAUCGAAGAAUACUGGACAUCGUUUUGGCAGCCCGAAGAUGAUCUCGACGACGAAGAUGAUUUCAGCAAAGCGCUCGGCCAAGCUCGCCUUUCGCAGCAGCAGCUGUUCUCACUCUGCACUUUGCCACAAAUCCAACACUGGAUUGUUUCGCUGGAUUUGGCAUUCUACCAAACUCUCGUCGAUAUUCUGGUCCCAGAUGUAUUGAUGAGCAAUAUGUCGCCAUUCCUGACUCAAUCGUGCCGAAACUUCGCCAAGAAUGUUGAGCACUAUCUCAAAAAGGCUAUGCAAGGAGCUCCAGAAAUUAUCCAAAAGAAGAAAAUUCAAGCUGUCAAAUAUAUGGCACAGGGACUUAGAAGAUACACAUCUCUGAAUCACUUGGCGCAAGCUGCUCGUGCAGUUCUACAGAAGCCGGACCAAGUUACUGCUAUGUAUAAUGACUAUAUUAGAGUGGACAUGCAACAGGUGCAGGAGCAAGCCGGAUGGGUAAGCGGAUGUGACUCGCUCAUGGUUCACCACAUCCAUAACGCGUUCAAAGAUAACCUGCAGAAAAUGGCCCCAAUGGAAGAGUGGGCCGAAUGGCUUGAGAGUAUCGUAGAUCAGAUUCUGGCAAAAUACCACGACAAGCCAGUGCAAAUAAUCUCAGAAGUUGGAAAGCAGUUUCUACUGAACUGGAGUUGUUACACGUCAAUGUUGAUCCGUGAUUUGACGCUACGAUCUGCUGGAUCCUUCGGCUCAUUCCAUCUCAUACGAUUACUCACUGAUGAAUACAUGGUCUACCUAGUAGAAUCUCGUAUCGCCAAAGCAGCCAACAGAGCUAUGAUAACCGUAAUCAGUCAGGUACUUCAGUGGUUAAGAACUAGAACUAUGUCCAGUAUUUGUGAUAGCAGUAGAAUUGCAUUGAUUUAUCAGUCAAAGCAUUUUGCUUCAUCUCCUUUGAUAGAAAUUUGUAAAAGUUCACAUUCAUCGGAGCCCACUGACUAUCCGCUUUUUGACGAUGCUCUCCCGCCUCUGCCGCAGAUGACAUUGAAUCAGCAGUACAUUAUUCCCAGUCGUCCAUCAGAACAUAUUUACGAUCAAAAGUUCUCACUACAACGCACGAUUGACCGUCGGCAAAUGCCACCAAUGGGAUCAGAGAUGCUUGAGAUUGGAAACAAAUCAAUGUUAAUCUGA